AUGGCCUACAUCAUCGUGGGCGACGCUGGCGUGGGCAAGUCGUGCCUGCUCCUGCAGUUCACAGACAAGCGCUUCCGCGCCGAGCAUGACAUGACCAUCGGCGUCGAGUUCGGGCACCGCCUGGCGGAGCUCAACGGCCAGAAGGUCAAGCUGCAGAUCUGGGACACCGCUGGGCAGGAGGCGUUCCGAUCGAUCACCAGGGCGUAUUACAGGGGUGCCACUGGAGCGCUCCUCGUCUACGACAUAAGCAGGCGGGCGUCGUUCGACCACCUGGCCCAGUGGCUGACCGACGCGCGCCAGAACGCGCAGCCCAACAUGGUGAUCAUCCUGAUCGGGAACAAGAGCGACCUGGAGAGACGAGAGGUCACCUACGAGGAGGGCGCCUGGUUCGCCAGACAGAACGGCUUGUUUUUCCUGGAGACCUCUGCGAGGACUGGCCAGAACGUUGAGGCCGCCUUCCUCGACACGGCCCGGCAGAUCUUCGAGAAUCUGCAGGCCGGCAUGUACGACCUGAGCUCGGACUCCCACGGCAUCACCGUCGGGAUGCCGCAGCGGCCGCAGCCCACACCGAUGCAGCGGACUGCAGGCAGCAUGUCGUCCCUCCAGUACGCCUGCUGCGGCGCGAGCUAA